UUUUGACAGACUUAAAAGACAUCAAAAGCAGAAAUAGAACAAUUUGAACCGAAAUUAAUUUCAUUUAAUAAUACUUUCAAAUUUUUAAAAGUUUUAAACAUUAUUGGAUAUAAACAGUAAAAAGAAAGGAAAAGUGGCAAAAUAUUAAAAAUGUCUAAUUUUACUGAAAAUACUUUUGUUCGAGGGCCAUCUCCAUCAUAUUCAGAUGAAGUUUUAACAGAUGGGCUACCAUCUAAUGAACCAAUUGAUCAAAUUCCAUUGAAUAACAGCAUUUUCAACAAAAAAUUGCCGAAUGGUUAUGACCAAAAUAUGGUUGGAAUUGAACAAUAUCAAAUGAAUAUGUCGAAAAAUCGAAAUACUUUUGCUUUUUGGAUAAUUAUGACUCUUUUAUUUAUACUUUGCAUUGGAAAUUUGCUAAUUACGUUAACUAUAAUUGGUGUUCUAAAAUUGGGUCGCGGAAUGCAAGGAAUGGAACUGAUUCCAGAAGAGGAAACUAUAAAGUUUUUUGGUUCAACUGAUUUAGAUAGAAUUCUAAAUAAAUGUGGAGGACAAAUUGAUAGUUUCGUUGAUGAACCCAUGUCUAUAACAGCUGAAGAUUCGAGCUUUAAUGUUAAAUUAAUUAGUAAAGGACAAUCUCAUAUUAAAAUGCUCAUGGAUAAAAGCGGAACAUAUUUCAGAGGUAUCAACCAAUUUGAAAUAAAAGAUCCUCAUUCAGGUGACAUUAUUUUUACUACACAUCGACCCCAUUACAUACUUACUUCUGGUGCAGAAAAUUUGUUAACUAAAGGAAUUAGUGCCACACGAAUUUCAAGUCCCAUCGGUAAACCUUUAACUUUUGAAUCUGAUGAUAAACUUUCGGUGAGAGGUUCCGAAGGUCUUACGCUUGAAGGAAAAUCUAUGUUGUAUGCUUCAGAAAACAAAAUUGUGGUAAAUUCAACGCAGGGAUCUGUAUAUUUAGUGGGAGGAGAUGGAGUUUACCUCGAUACGUCAAAAAUUCAAAUGGCCAACUCUCAAUAUGGAACACAAAUUAAGAAUACUGAAUAUAAAAUAUGCGUUUGUAUUCCAAGCGGUAAAUUGUAUCGAAUUCAGUUAACAAAACACACAACUUGUGCUCAUUUUAGCCCUCAACACGAUCCAUGCGUUUAGACCUUAACAGUGUUUCAAGGUAUAAUCAAUACAAUUUUAAAACCACAUAAUCACAAGCAUACAUAAUCAAUUUUUAUUAAACUGCUAUUGAUAUAAGUUCUUACAUAUUUAUAAUAUACUUAUUAAUUUUUUCAUUAAAACUGAAAACUAGAUUUUCGUGAAUAAAAAGUAGAAUGAAA